UUCUUACCGUUCUGAGCCUGCGUGUCAGAAAUCAAAAUGUCGGCGCUCAAGAGAAAACGUGGAGGAAAGGGUCCAGGUGGAAAAGCAAAGAAAGUGAAAUUAGUAGAAAAUGGAAAUAAACCCCAAACUACAGAGAUGGAGCAGAACAAAGAAAUCACAGUCCCAGCACCCGUGUCAAUGGGUAAGUGGAGAAACAAAGAGCGAGUUCUUGUAUUCUCUUCAAGGGGCAUCAACUUCAGAACACGACAUUUGAUGCAGGACCUCAGGACAAUGAUGCCACACACGAAAGCAGAUACAAAAAUGGACAGAAAGGACAAACUCUUCGUCAUAAACGAGGUGUGUGAAAUCAAGAACUGCAACAAAUGCUUAUUCUUUGAAGCAAAGAAGAAGCAGGAUCUCUAUAUGUGGGUUGCAAAUGUUCCCCACGGACCAUCUGCAAAGUUCUUGGUUCAGAAUGUCCACACACUCGCCGAACUCAAAAUGACAGGGAACUGUCUGAAGGGAUCCAGACCACUGCUGUCGUUUGAUCCUCAAUUUGACAUGGAGCCUCAUUAUGCACUGCUGAAGGAACUCUUUAUCCAGACAUUUUCAACUCCCCAGUACCACCCCAGGAGCCAGCCCUUUGUGGACCAUGUCUUCACGUUCACCAUAACAGACAACAGGAUAUGGUUCAGAAACUAUCAGAUCAUUGAGGAAGAUGCAUCGAUGGUAGAAAUUGGACCUCGCUUCGUCCUGAACCUCAUCAAAAUAUUCCAGGGGAGCUUUGGCGGCCCCACACUCUUUGAGAACCCACACUUUGAGUCUCCGAACACGCACCGGCGUGUGAUCCGCAUGGCCACCGCCUCCAGGCUGAAGGAGAAACAGAUGGUCAAGGAGCUCCAGAAGCUGAAGAGGACGGAGAACAAGGAGGCGGUGACCAGGGACGUGACAGAUGACGUGUUUGCCACGCCGGCUGAGGAGAGGCCAGUCCACAUUGAGCUGGAGGCUCCUGCAGCUAAAGUAGUGAAGAAGAACAAACACAAGGCUUUCAAACGACAGAGGAAGCAGAAGCGUUAGGCUAGAGACUGGUUGGUUUGUUGGUUCUUCUAGACGUCAUCUGGAAAGUGAUUACAUUGGUUCUUUGUCAAUUUGUCUUUCCUCAAUUCCAUGUCUCUUUUAAUUUUCAAAACUCAAACGAGAAGUUUGAAGGGAGUGACCUAGAAUCUUCUCCAAUGCGUUUAAAAGGAAUCGGGAAAAGAGAAAUUAGGACAUUUGUUUGGCCAGGAUUGAGUCGACCAUCAAGUCUGCAGCCUGUGAAGGGCCAUUUCAAAAUACCUUGUUUGUGUUGAAUGGUUUUUUGUGUUUUUUUUUUUUUUUUAGCUGCAAAAAAAAAGUACUAAAGCAACUAACUUCUGUUGUCCAGCUUUUCUUACAGUUAUGAAAUAAAGUCUCCAAUUUUAGUGUU